AUGUUCUCUCUCCGCUCAGCGCGUCUGCGGCCAUUCGCCACAUGCUCUUACCGCAGCGUCACCCGCCCGAGCAACUACGACCACUUGAGAAACUGGACAAACUCUCCGCCCCUUACGCCCCUCGACAUCACGGCCACGACCUUUGAGACGCUGUCGCUCGAGCUCCUCGCCGACGCAAACGUCCUCCACCUGCAGCUCCAUCGCCCGCAGGCUGUCAAUGCCAUGAACAUGGCCAUGUGGGUCGAGCUCGCGCGCGUCUUUGAGCUCGUCGAGCGCACGCCGCGCGUUGCAGCGGUGAUCGUCUCGGGCGCCGGACGCGGCUUCUCGAGCGGCAUGGACCUCGACGUGUUCCAGCAGAUGCAGACCAUUGCGGCCGACGAGCCGUGCGACGGACGCAAACGCGAGCGGCUCUUGCACGUGAUUGACCAGUUCCAGCGCGUCGUGUCGGCCCCGGAACAGUGCCGCGUGCCGGUCAUUGCGGCCGUGCACGGCCCCUGCAUUGGCGCCGCUGUGGACUUUGUCACGGCCUGUGACUUGCGCUACGCAGACGUCAGUGCGCGCUUCGCCGUGAAAGAAGUGGACCUCGCGAUCGUGGCCGACCUCGGCACGUUGCAGCGGCUGCCGAAGCUCAUUGGCGAGCAACGCGCCAAGGAACUCGCGUACACGGGCCGCUCGGUCAGCGGCCGGGAAGCAGAGACACUCGGCCUUGUGCUCAAGGCACUGCCGGACCACGACGCGCUCUUGGGCCACGUCCGGGACGUCGCGACUGCAAUUGCUGCCAAAAGUCCGCUUGCCGUGCGCGGCAUCAAGCGGACGAUCCACUACCAACGGGACCACUCGACGGCGGACGCACUGCUGCAGGUGCGCUACCACAACGCGGCGGUGCUGUACAGUGACGACUUGACGCAGGCGGUACGUGCGACGAGGAAAGGGACUGCGCCGACGUUCCGUGACGACUAG